ACUUUCGCUCACGUGAGUAGCCGGCUUGUCGCCGCCCCCGAUCCCAGCCGAGAAGAUUACGGUGAUCGAGGUGCGAGUGGAGUCGCGGAAAAUGAACGGCUACACUUUACUUUACACCGGCAUUACCGUGGCCUUCUGGUCCACCAUUGUUGUUGUAGGCAUUUGUUAUACAAUAUUUGACCUGGGAUUCCGUUUUGAUAUAGGAUGGUUUUUAACAGAAACCUCUCCUUUUAUGUGGGCGAACCUUGGAAUUGGAUUGGCUAUCUCUUUAUCUGUCGUGGGAGCUGCAUGGGGUAUCUACAUCACUGGUUCAAGCAUUCUUGGUGGGGGUGUAAAAGCUCCCAGGAUUAAAACAAAAAAUCUUGUCAGCAUAAUUUUCUGUGAAGCUGUGGCAAUUUAUGGAAUCAUCAUGGCUAUUGUCAUCAGUAAUAUGGCAGAGCCAUUCAGUGGCACUACACCUCAGACAAUUGGUGCUAGAAAUUAUCAAGCAGGGUUCUCUAUGUUCGGGGCAGGCCUAACUGUUGGAUUUUCUAAUCUCUUCUGUGGAAUCUGCGUUGGUAUUGUGGGUAGUGGUGCUGCCCUGGCAGAUGCCCAGAAUGCCAGCUUGUUUGUUAAGAUUCUAAUCGUUGAAAUUUUUGGCAGUGCCAUUGGGUUGUUUGGAGUCAUUGUGGCUAUUCUACAGACAUCCAAAGUGAAAAUGGGAGACUAGAGUUCAUGAAGACGUGGAGAGUCUAAAGUUGUGGAAAUGAGACCAAGAUUUGUUGUAAAUAAUUUAUUUAAGUGUAUAUUUUCCCAAUAUAUUGUUUGUGGUUUUUAAACUCAUCAUUUGCUUCAAGAAUGAUUUGUGAUAUAUUUGGAUGCAAUUUCUGAUCAAUUCUGCAAAACAGGCCAGGUGCUGUCCAACAGUAUUCCGUAGUUUAGUCUGUAGUUUAAUGUGACAGUUUAUUGCCCACUUGGAUUUUGCGAUGGGAAUGGAUCUUUGAGACUGAAUGUUGAAGACUUCUUUCAUUAUCAUGUUCAAAUGGUGAAGUUGAUCCUUUUUUGACUGGUAUACGCAAGAGCUGAAAAUAUUGAUGUAACAUCGCCAUGAUCUUAAUAUUAGGCCUGUGAGACUUGUGGAGAUCAUACUAAAACUGUAAUGAAUGAGACAUACAAAAAUCAACUGUUGUGUACCUCAACUGAACUGUGUUUUGCUUGUAAAUGUAGUGGAGAAAAUGAAUGUUACAUCGAAAUUACAAAUUCAGAAGUAAAGAAUUUGUAUAUGGGUCUUCAGCAAACCACCUCUUCUCGUACACACCAUUUUGUACGCAUUUUACCCAAUGCAGUUUUUAAAGUAUUGUGCAUGUUAGUUUGUACUUGCAUUGGAGAGUUUAUCAUUGAUGUACCAACACCAAUUAAGAUUGAGUUACUCUAGCAAAUGCAAUUUAAAUAUCUAGUUCCCUGACAGUAUUUUAGGCCUUAUUAAAACUCAACAUGAUGAAAAUGAUCAUUUUGGUUCUUCAGGCUGCAACUGUUUUUAAAAAAAAAAUAAAUUGCUUUAUCUUUAUUCAUCUUCAUUGCACAGUAGUGUAAUAAUGUAACAAAAGUGGAAGUUUCAAUACAAAUUACCUCUCUGGCUCCCUGGGAUAAUCAAAGGUGCAUUAGUUGGCUAACUUUUAUUGGUUUUAAUAAUAAUUCUUCUCUCUGCCACUCCCCCCCCCCGCCCCGGAGCAAUGAACGAGUAACUGGGGGUGUCUUUGUUUGAAAAGCAUUUGAAAAUUGCAAUAAGAUAUGAUCAAUAUUGGUUGAAUGUGUUACAUUCACAGCCAGUUUGAUUUUUUAUUAAUUUUGUACACUGAGAUUUAGCUGUAAAAUGAUUCAUUCUUUGCAGAUUAGUUACAAAAUUUGAUUCACAUUUUUCCAGGUUAACUAAAGUAAAAGAUAAAUUACUUCCAUAAAUCAUCUUUGUUUGGAAAUAGUUUGCUGAAUAAUCAAAGGAAGUUCUUAAAUUACUUUAGUUUAAUUGACUGUCUUUUACUAGUACUGUGCCAUGUAUGCAAGCCUUUGUAUUUCUGAUAAUAGUUAUUAGAUGCUAUGCUAACUGUUGGGCAGAACAUAAAAUUAUAGAUUCAUUUUCUUCUGAAGUGCUAGUUGGUUGGAUGAAUUGGAACAUUUGGUUAAAAUUCUGUCCUUAUUGAGCUUUGUAAUGCUGUUGUUGAGUAGGCUACAAAAGUUCAGUGUUUAAAUUGUUGUCCCCAUAAUCUGCUUUAGUACUAUAGCAACAAAUUAAAGGAAUUUGGUGACACAGAAUUAGUUUUAUUAAGGUGGGUGAUCAGCUGGAUGAUUUAACUGCUGGAUGUAACUUGAGAAACAUGGUGCAUAUAGUGGUACCAAUAAAUAUAAAUAAUUUUAUUAUUUUAACUUGGUUUCCAUGUAAGGUUAUUAUGUAAACUUUUUGGGUUUCCAGCUGGGUGCAGGUAUCGAUCUUUAACCAAUGUUUCGACGUCAAACUGUGCAAAUCUUCAUUGGGGAUGAUGCUGAGUCAUGUCUUGUCCUGUGGUAUAUGUUCCCGUUGUUCCUCCUGAUUGGUUAGUCCUCAUCCAAUCAGGUUUCCACUGUCCCACCUUGUUUGAAAUUGAAUUCCAGUUCUUUCUUGGAGUAAGACUUUGUCUUUGUUAAAAUUUUUUUCCUCUGGUUUUAUUUCAAUGGCUUCCUUCACCAGGUGGUCCAAAGAGCCAUGGGUACGGCAAAGGAGGGAUGGAUGAUGGCGGUGAACACCGGACUACACAUGCCUCGGCAUUAUCCCUGAUGAGAUGGCAGAGUUGUCACCAAAAUAUCAGUUAAAAUCUAUACCUGUACUGGCUGGAAGUCUGAGAGUUUAUUCAUAAUAUAUGUCAAGAAAGCACUAGAUCUUUUUUUUUCUAAGGUUGUUAUACAGAGUAAAGUUGAAAAUAGGCAGGUUAAAAUGCAGUUGUGACCCAAGUUUGAAAUGGAAUUUUUGUGGAGGGGGGGAAUUAAUUGCUCAUUGCUUGAAGAUUUGUCACUAAAAUGUGUCAGAGCAGGAGGUUGGAUAGUGGGAAAAGGCAUGCAGGUUGAUGGCUUCUAAAACCGUAGUGAGUGGUAGAAUCUAGGGACGGAGGGAAUUGAUGUGAAAGUGGAGAAAAAUGAAGUGAGAUUUUUAUUUUUAAAAAAAACAUUUGAUGGUCGGUAGGACUAAGUGAGCUGAAGAGCCCAUUUCCAUGCUUUCUGAUUUGAUUCUAAUAUUAAAAGCUGAAUAUUUGAGGAAUUAAUCAUAAACUGGGAACUUCAGACAGAAUUUGACAUGCAGGAUGGACUUGAUGGUAAUGAAUGGAAACAAAUGUUACAACAGCACAUUUUUUAAUGUAGAAAUUUGAGGUUGAAUUUUGAUUAUACAUUGGGUUAAUCAUGCUUGGACCUAGUUAUUUAUUAUUGUUUGGUGUACAUUAACUGUAAACUGUGAUCUGAUUUUUCUAUCCCUGCCAUUAAGAUGCAUUGGUUUGAAAUGACUAUCUUCAUUUGCUUCAACACCUGAUUUUGAAUAUAUCUGCUUGUAUAUACAGAUAAAGAUUAAAAAGCUUGCUGGAAAGUAAACAUACAAGCAGAUUAAAGAUGUUUCACUGCUUUCUUAACUAAACAUUGAAAAGUAAUUGUAUUUUAAAUUCAGCUUUACAUGCUGAAUGGUAAAUGGCCGCCUAUCAAUCCACUUAGAAUGUGAUUUCCAAAUGUAUUUUAUGCUGAAAAAAGACAGAGUAGUGCUUUCCUGGCAAACAAAUUCUUCUCUGGCUUCCAGCCGGCUACAGGUUAUCGAUUGUCAUCGAAACAUGUUAUAAUCAAUAUUUAGACCCGUCUGGAAGCCCAAGAACAGUUUAUUCAUAUUUCAUGCUGUCUUAACUUUAAAUAUUGAAGUUAUUUCAAGACAAUGGCUAUUACAACCAUUGCAGUACUCUGAAACACAAAUCAACUGGAAUUAUAUUAAUUGUCCUAUUACUUUAACUUGCAGGGUUACUUUUUGUUAGCUUAACUAUAUACUGAUCUCUUAAGUUGAAAAUGUUUCGUUAUUAUGAAUAUCUGAGGUAACUUUAUUUCUAGUUUUAAUUUUUAUUUUGCGGAAAAGAAUUGAAACAGUGGAACAUGGUGUUUAGUGGUAUACCGUUUUGGGUCACAGCCUUUGUCAUUUGCCAAUAUAUAUGAGGUUGAAUUUGACUCUGAAUAAUUUGAUAAAAUGUAUCUUUCAUAGAAAUGUAUUAAUUGAAAUGAGUUAAUGGGUCAUUUCCAGUGGGCCAGAACAUUUGAACAAACUUCAGAAUUAUCUUCACAAAUCAUGAAGUGAAUGGAAAAUUUGUAAAAGGGUGCUGCAAUUAUUUAAUACAAAUAAUUCAAAGAAAAAGUAGAUCAAAACACUGUUAUUGUGAAAUCCCAUGUUUAGUGCACAUGCUAGGUGAAAUUUAUACUUCUUGAAAAGGGAGAGGGAAGUUUAUUGAUUAGUGCUACAUUUAAGUACACGUAACUGUUCAAAUUGUUUUCAAAUUGAGAUCUGUAUUGUUAAUGUUAUAUUUGCACAGGUAGCUGGACUGUAAGGUAAAAUUGUAGUUCAAACUAUCUCAAUCUUCGCACACAAUUUGACUUGUGGUCUUUUGUUGAAAUAUUCACUUGAAAUAAAAGUGCUGGUCAGCUGUAGGACUCUUUAGCUUUGUUUUAACUGUUAGUUUGGUGUAAUUAAAUACUUGAAGUCUUUCCUACUUUGACUCAAGAAUAUUUGAUGACAGAGUUGUACUGAAUCACAGUACAUUGAGUUUUUGUGUUUAAAUGAAUUUUUGGGGUAUCUGAAAUCCAGAGCUGCUGUUCUAAACUAGAUAAUACAAAAUAAUAAUUCAAAGAGAACUUUCUAGGGGAGUGGGGAAAUUGACUUUUACAUCAUCUCAAGCCUGGUCUUGUGGCUAAAUCCAGUUUUCUAUCCAAAACCAAGCAAGCCAUCAGUCUGAUUUACAAAAGUUGAAGUGGCAAAUCAACAAAGUCAAUUCUUCCAGGGAAUAACUAUUACUGGAAUACUCAUUUUGCAUCAUAAACUUGAUAAAAUGAUUAGGCAGAUAGCUUUCAAAUUACAGUUGAGCAGUGCACUAGAUUUUUUUUGUGGAUAUUAUUGGAAACAAUUUUUUAAAGCAAAUAUUUACUUUUCAAUUUGUAUUCUAAGAUCAGUUCAACAGUAUUUCAUCUUGUGAUGGAACUCUGCAAGGGCAUACUUGCCACCAUGUGAAAUUGGAAUAAUAUGUUAGUUAAAUCCAAUACUUAUGGAUGAACAAUACUCUUUAUCGUACAGCACCCUGGUUUAAUGGUAUAUAUUAAAGUACUGAGAACUUCUCUGGUAGAUAUCCUACACCAAAAUUCAGUUAAAUUUGAAGAAAACAGUCUCCAUCGUUAAUAGGAAAUUUAUCGACCUGUUUCUGCAGACGUGCAACAGAUGAUCUUGGGUGUCAAUAUGGUGACUUUCUCAUGGAUCCUUUAAUAGCUUCUUACAGAUAGUUAAGUGCUUAUUUGAGAUUGUAUUUUCUGUUUUUAUUUUGCUGUAUUUGUGUAAAAGUUGCUCUAAAAUGAUAUCUGGCUUCUUUGCAAUUGACAGCUACUUCAGACACUUUGUGAUCCUGUUGAAUGUAUGAGUGGUUAUCUUUGUGAAAAGCCUUUUGAGAAUAUGUUCUCUGUGGACUCCAUUACAAAAUUCAACUUGAUAAAGGCAUAGAUAAAUUAAAAUUAUAUUGGAAAAAAACUGCCAUAUUUUGUUUUGUCAAGGCUGGUUAAUUGCUGUAAUGUUCUGAUUUUUUUUUUACUGAUUCAAGAUGGACUUUGAAAAUGGUACUCCAGUUGCUUUUCCUCGUGUCUGGUAAAAAUUGAUACAAGACAAAUGAAUGAUUUUACAGAAAAUUUGAAUAUAGCUGCUGGGUGCUUACUGAAUUCAUUCAACCAGAGGAGAUACAGUAUUUGAAUUUUUUUUCCCCAUCACAUUGUUCAGUUAUCUCCUGUUUGAGUGCUUCCACCAUUUCUGCUUCUGUCCAGUAUUGGACAUCUACACUUUAUGUCAAGGUUCAUUUUAUUGUCAAAGUAUGCAUGUACAAUACAACUGAUAUUUGUCUUAACCAGAUAGCCAUGAAAUACACAUGGAAAAGUAAAACAAAACUCAGACCCCAGAAUCUUCCACAACAAUAACAAUCCCUGACCCCCCCCACAGAAA